AUGGCCGACAAAGAGUAUUUCAAACAACUUGAGGCCCAGAGACGUGCCUUUGAAGCUCAGUUUGGUGUGCUAGAAGACAUGGGCUACGAAGAUAAGACAAAGCAAGCUCUCGAUGAUAGCUCUAUAAGCGACGUUGACGAGGUUUCCAACCCAAGUGAUGUAUCUAGUUCCUUCUAUCAUGAUUCUGACGCUGAAUCUUCGCUUUGCGAGGAAGAGCAAGAGACAGUAGCACUUCCUGCAGUAAAAACUAGACAACCUCGGGUAAUAAAGUUUAAUGCUCCAAAGGAUGAUUAUGUUCUUCCAUCAAAAGAAGAGCAACGUCUACUUAAAAAAGGCCUCAUCCCCUCCGUUCAAGCAUUGAAGGCUAAAACACUACUUAGUGGUAAGAAAUCUAAAUCCAAUCCCACAGCAGACGCUGACGAAGAGGCUAUAGAGAAGGAAAACCUACAUAAUGACAUUGAACUGCAGCGUUUCUUAAAGGAAUCUCAUCUACUGAGCGCACUCGGCUCUGCUGGCAGCUCCUCUUCUGGUGCUGAACUCACCCUUCAAACAAUGGACAAUAUAGAAUAUAGAGACGAUCAGCUACAUGGAAAAGCCAGGUCAAGAACUAUAGAAAUGAGGCUUCGAGAAGUAGCCAAAACCAAUGGAAAGGGCCAGAAACUAGAGAAAGUCCCUAUGAAUGUCCGAAAAGGUAUGAUCAAUAAACAUGUUGAACGUAUUCAAAAGCAUGAACAGGAAGCCCGCGAUGCAGGCAUUGUCCUUUCUAAGGUUAAAAAGGGCCAGUUCCGUAAUAUAGAAGCUACCUACAAGAAACGAAUAGAAGAUCGUAUAGGAACUAGCAUCAAAUCCAAAGAUCGUGCUAGAGAAAACGCCCGUCAUCGCGAACGGGGUUUCAAGAUACACUCAGUUGGUAAGAGCACUAGGAACGGUUUAGUUAUUAGUCAAAGGGAUAUUGCCAAAGUCACCGGGAGUAACACUAGAAACCCGCGUGGCAGAAGACGUUAA